UUUGGCGAAAUUCGAAAUCGUCCUACGAGGAGGAGUUAAAAAUACCACCACAGCUGCGCUAGUCGUACGAUAGAUUCUACUCCUUGCUACUACUACUAAAAGAAGAAGAAGAAGAUACUAGAAGAAGAAUGCAAUGUCCCACAGAACCCUAGACUCCCGGCACGCCAUAGAAUCCUGCACUUUGCAGCUACACGGCUGGAGACCCUUUCAACUCUCGGCCAUUAUACCUAAUCAAACCUUCGACUCUGAUUCUCCCAAACCCUAUCCCGCCACCACUGUCCUCCACACCAAGCGCCCCUGCCGAGCCGACAGAGGCACCUCCUUCUCCAUCGAGGCCCUCGACAUAUCCAGGCUAAGCUUGUUCGACGAUGAUCGCCCUUUAUCGUCCGCAGCCCACAAGCGCGACGGAGUUAGGUGGUUCGCCCGGAAGCGCCGCCGCCGUGGAUCUAGGUCCGUGUCCGGGAGAAGCAGUGAUCGAAGUCGGAGCGGGACUUAUCGCCGCCGUUGCUGCUCUGUUGGGGCGUCGGCCGCCUACGCUACUUGCUCCGAUUUUCCGGUGGCCGCAGGAACUGAUUCCAGUGGGGAGCUGUUUGUGAACGGGGAUGCCAAUUGGUCGUCGGAUGUGAGCGAGGCGGCGAGGAAUACGAGGAGGGAGAGGGAGAAUGGGAAUGGUGAGAAAGAGCAUUUGAUUACUGCGUUUGGGCAUGCCGGGAAUUUUGACAACCAGGGUAACGAAUCGGGCUAUGGGAGUGAACCGGGUUACCGUGGCGAUGCGGAGAUAGGGUACGGCGAUGAGUUUGAUGAGGAAGAGGAUGAUCCCCGACUCCCAUUCUGGGGACAGCAAUUUGGAGGAUUGAUAGAUUGGAUUACAUAUGAUUAUUCUUAUCUGCAGCCCAUUAUGCUGGCGAAUUGAUAGAUUUUGGCAGUGGCAUUUUGGCAUAGAUGAUCUGAUCUGGUUUCUCUUUUACUGGCAUUUCGGUGUUUUCACGGAAAUAUGCAAGCUGCCUAUGAAAAGCAGUUCAGGCCUGUUAUAUACGGAUGAACCUAUUAAAUUUUAAGCUCAAGUUACUGUUAGCUAUUAUGCCAGUAUUAAUUACUGACUACCAUAUUAUCCUUUGGGAAGGAUUAUUAUACUUAGACAUAAGGUUUCAGUUCUUUAGUCUUGGUUAGCUAUUAAACAAUCCUGGGGAGGCUUUGAAGCUAAGAUGCUGGGAUAGUCAAGAUGAGGAAUAUGUUGAUGUCUGUGUCCAGAUAAGGCAGCAUGCCACCUCCAAAGCAUCUGAAUUUAUGAACGCAUCAAUCUUUUUUAGUCCUA